AUGUCGCACAAAGGAAGGAAAGCGAAGGCGCACCAAAGGGGGCCUGCGGAUGCUACAUCCCCCAGCCACAGUGAAUCCUCGGGGCCGUCUGAAGUUGCGGAGGAGCUAGCCACAGGUGACGCUACUAAUUUGAAAAUCGAGCACCUGGAUGCUUUUCGGGAGGAGAUGAAAAUGUUGUUUAAAGCAGAAUUACAAGAGGCAUUUGGAAUGCACCUGGUAUCUGUCAAAAACGAACUACUUGUGCUAAAGACUGAACUUUCCGCUAGCAUUAGCACUGUGACGCAAGAGGUCUCGGAGCUAAAGGCUACUGUCGCUGAUAUGGAGCACUCUCUCUCGACAUGCACGGACGACAUUGUGUCCCUCCGCACCAAGGUGGAAAAUAUGUCUAAAGAUCUCAUCAGACUAGACAAUAAAUGUGAAGAUUUGGAGUCUAGAUCACGCCGUAACAACGUGCGCAUAGUGGGAAUACCAGAAAGCCAGGCUAUAUCCUGUGAAUUUGUGUCAACACUUCUGAGAGAUGCUUUUCGGCUCGGUAAGGAACCACUUGUGGACCGGGCUCACCGGGCCAUGAACGCCAUUCCCAGUGCUGGCGGGCGACCCCGCACCGUAGUAACGCGAUUACAUUACUACUCAGAUUGUGCAGAAAUUCUCCGAAGGGCUAGGGAACUACAACAGAUUAAGACCAGAGACAUUGCCAUCUCCGUUUUUCCUGACUACACUGCGAAGACGGCUCGCGCGCGUGCAGCAUUCAAUGAUGUGCGCCGCCAACUCAGGGACAUUGGUGGAAUUCGCUUUGGGAUUCUUCACCCAGCCAAGCUACGCAUCACGCACGACGGGAAACAACGCGACUUUAUCUCCCCAGAGGAAGCAGCAAAGUUUGUGAAGACUAUAACUGGAUAG